AUGACGCCGUUGUCACCGACAAACGAAUCAAGACUGAACACUGCAACGACCCUGACUGAAGAGGCAACAAGCCGCGGUUUCUUUGAGCACUGCGAAGUGGUCCACUCCCGCACUGAGACAACCACGAGCGGCGGUAAUGAGAGCGGCAGCGACAGCUCCUCCACCACCACAACCACAACCAACACCACAAUCACCUCUUCGAACUCCGUAGACGACAACGCCCGAGACCAGGAGAACAUGCCACCUUCUCCCUCGGAUUCCUCGCCGUCGCCGCCGCCCUCUGCGCCGGCGACGGCAAUCAAGCCGCAGCGCCACUCACGCGUCAUGUCUGGCACCGCACCCUCACCGCUCAAGCUACUCGCCGGCUCCGAGACAACGGAAAAGCAAGCGCGGAGCCCGCUUCGCAAGACAGUAAUCUCGCCUGACGGCGUCAAACGCUUCCCUAUCAGAGUCAGCAACCCGUCAGUCGAGCCCGCGUCACGCUCCAUCUCUCCUCCGACCGUAUCUCCUCCGCCUCGCGAACGCACAAUCAGUCUUGAAGACGCCAUGCGCGACAACGAGGGCUUGAAGCACGCUAUUCAGAUAUUCGAGGACGAUGAUACGGAGCUGGAGAAUGACGAGACCAUUGGCGGCGACACGACCACUAUGAGCGCGGGCGAGGGUGACGGAGACCACCCCGACUUGGGCCACGCGGGCUACGAGGACCAGAGCAGUCUCGCCAAUCCCGAUGAGUCGAUGAUGAGUGCAUUCAGCACUUUCUCUGCCGUUCCCAAUCUGACCAUGUUCGCGAAACUGGGUCAGUCUCCCACAAAGUACGCGAGCGUCAGCGGCAUGACCCCGCGAGGGAGGCCAGAGACCGUGCACGAGCAGCAGGAGACUCCAAGGCGGCAUUCGGGACAGGACUCUGAUGGUAACACUACCAAUCUGUUGGAAUUCACGGCCAGCCAGCGAUUCCCGCACAAAUCGCCGUCCAGGCGGGGCAACACCUCACCCUCCAGAGCAAACCCUAAUGCCACUCCGGCCCGCCAAAUGUCGAACCUCCUCGACUUUGACAUUCCCGCCCUGCCUACUCCCCGCAGCAUCCCGACCAUUACACCCAGAGAACUCGAAAGUCUAAAGUCGAAUUUCCUGUCCGAAAUCAGCAGCCUCAAAGCAUCGCUAUUGGGCAAGGAGGCGGAGGUGACCUCUCUGAAGACGGCUGUGGGCGAUGCGGAAAAACGAGUCGGCGAGAGCUUGGAGCAGGCCCGUGAAGAGCGGACGAUGCGAGAGCAGGUCGCCGAAGAGAAGGAGAUGUGGGAGAAGAGCAGUCGCGAGAUGGAAAAGGUCCUCCGGAGCGUAAAGGAGGAAAUUGUCCACACGCAGCAGGAGCGCGAGGAGCUCGAAUCCAAGCUUGCAGAGAGUGAGGGACGACGCGAGGCCGCCGAGACUAUGGCUCAGGAGGCCGAGAGUAAGCUGGCGAGUUUCCGCGCCGGCAAGUCCACUGACGACAAGCCCUCCUCGCCCAGGGGCGGUGCGGCCGCGACCUCCAAGGAGGUUGAGAUUGCGGUGGAGCGCGUGGCCCGCGAGCUGCACGCUCUCUACAAGGGCAAGCACGAGACCAAGGUUGCGGCGCUCAAGAAGAGCUACGAGACCCGCUGGGAGAAGAAGGUACGCGAGCUGGAGGUCAAGAUUGAGGAGCUCACCGAGGAGAACGACAAGAUCCGCCGAGACAGCACCAUCACUCGCGUCGAUCCCGCCCAGGUCGCCGCCGAAGAGGAGUUCAAGGCCCAAGCCGUCCGCGACUCAGCCCACAUCAAGGAGCUCAGCGCCGACGUCCACAGGCUUGAGGCCGUCGUCAUGUCGGUCAAGAGAGACAACUCGGAGCUUCGCGACCUCCUCGCCCAGGAGCGCGUCGAGAAGGGUGAGCUGGUUCAGCUCGCCGAAGAGAUGAUGGCGAUCCAGAACGCCGCGCCUCCGCCGCCAACCCCGGCGCCCAAGCCCGCGCCGACACCUGUUGCCUCGCGGACACCCGGUCCCCCGGUUAGAAGCCACACGGAGAACAACUUCCGCAGCAGCAUCGGCCGCAGCUCGGGCCUUAAGGCGCCCGGAUCCAUUGCCGCGCGUGGCUCCCUUCACGAGCGUAACGGUAGCGCUGGUCCCGCCACCAAGGGCCUUCCGAGACCCAGGCCGAUGAGUGAGUUCGGGCCCCGGAGCGGCAUCAUGAGCUCGAUCGAGAAAAUGGGUAACUAUCGCGGACGCGGGGACUAG